AUGGACCACUCCCUGUCCACCGAUGCAGAUCGCAAGGAGGACAGCGAGCGCAGCAGUGACGAAGCGCGGCAGUGCGAAGCGGAAGCUGCUUUGGAACUGAGUAAAGUGGCAGCUUUGCUGCUUGACAGAUGGCCGUGGCAGGUUUUGGCAGAUGUGGAUUGGCGGGACAAGGUCCAAACACUGCUACAGCAGAUCCAGCGCUCACAGCAGCAAGCACUGGAGCAUCGAAGGGCCGAACACGACUUGAGAUUGGAAAUGGACCGUGCAAAGGCGACAUUUCAGGAAGUGAUCUCCGUGGAAAUGGACGCGCAGACCCCUGGCAGUGGUGGGGCAUCCGUGGGCGGCCCGUGGGCUGAUGGCCAUCCGCAACGAGAUUGGCCAGCUCCAGCAGGCAAGUCGAAAACGCAGAAAGAGAUGAUGGAUGAUAUUUUGCGAAAUUUGAGCUGUUACCGCGAGGCUGGGUCGUCGAGCUCGUCCGGGCCGCAGAGGCUCUCGCAGCAGAGCUCGCAGCAGCCCGCUGAAGAGGAGUCGCAGCAGAGUUCGCAGCAGACCGGCGCGGAGAAGAUUUUUCAGAGUGACGCUGUCCUUACAAAGGAGAUUGGGAAAAGGAGCAAGGAAGAGCUGCUGGCUCUUGGUAUUGAAGUCUUGCGUUCUCGCGGCCAAGAUUGGAUGCGAGAGCAGUUGGACAGGAGGGACAGGGAUUUGGUUAAGAAGCUCGCUGGCAAGGCGGGCAUUCAAGUCAAGGUGCAAGGGCGAGCGAAGCUGAGAGAUGUGCUGGUUGGGGAAUUGAUGGAGUUGUUCGCAUCAGCCACUGCACAGAGUUCGGAGCAGACCGUUGAAGAGGCGAUUUUUCAGAGUCGCGUCCUCCUCACAAAUGAGAUUGAGAAAAGGAGCAAGGACGAGGUACUGGCUCUUGGUGCGGCGGUGCUGCAUGCUCGCGGCCAAGAUUGGAUGCGAGAGAAGUUAAGCCGCGUGACGACUGCGGAGUUGGCGCGGAAGCUGGCUGCCAGCGCGGGCAUUCCUAUCCGCGUGGCUGGGUCAUUGAAGCCGAAAGAUGCGCUGGUCGAGGAAUUGAUGGAGUUGUUCGCAUCAGCUGGGUCUUCGCGCUCGUCCGGGCCGCGGAAGUCGUCGCAGCAGAGUUCGCAGCAGACCGGUGCAGAGGAGUCGCAGCAGAGUGCCCAGCAGAUCGGCGCAGAGGAUAUCUUUAAGAGUGACGUCCUCCUGGGUAGUGAGAUUGGGAAAAGGAGCAAGGAAGAGAUGCUGGCUCUUGGUAUUGAAGUCUUGCGUUCUCGCGGCCAAGAUUGGAUGCGAGAGCAGUUGGACAGGAGGGACAGGGAUUUGGUUAAGAAGCUCGCUUUGAAGGUCACAUUGGAAGCCUGGGAAAAGCUGCGAGGUAAGGAUCGGGUAUUGGACAAGAACGCGCUGCAGCAGGAGUUGGACAGGCACGAACUGCAGAAUCUGAAGUUGAUGGCUUGCUUUGCUGGCAUCGACCGAGCAGCGUUCGAUCAGAAACGUUCCUGGAUGAGGGACGAGUUCAUUCAGCAUCUGUGCGCUUUUUUGGUGUCAGAGGUAACGCGGCUGCAAGCAGAUGCGCGCGUGAACGAUGAGACGUGGCUGCGCAGCAGACUGGGAGAAGUUGGCGUGUACGGCCUCCGAACCAUUUGCACUGAGUUGAAUGUGACAAAUCGACAUGGAGCAACCGACACUAUUUUGCCGCUGGAACAGAUAAUCGAGAAUCUGAUACUUCACUUCCAUCCUCCGGAAAGUAAAGCGCAGCAGCUGAAGCAGCAAGCCUUGCAGCAAGGCAAUGUUGCUCGCUCGUGGCUUUCCGACGCGCUGCAGCGCUUGUCUUCACGUGCAGGCAAAGGUGCGGCAGAAAGUGAUCUGGCGGCAGUAGCGCGAGAAGCUGGCGUGGAAAAGAUACGCGGUAUGAAGAGGCACGAUCUGGUGCGCGCCAUCGUGGACAAGCUUUUACCGCGAGAAGUGGAUGCGGAGGCCGCGGUUGAGAAGCAUGCCUGUCGUCUACUUUCUGCAUGCAUCAAGAUGAAGGACAAAGGGGAGGAGGUGGAUGCAGCUGCCAUUGAACAACAUUUGGAUUCUCGCGAGCUGUUAUUGAAGCUGGUUGCGUGGUUGCGGAUGGAACGCUUGGAGGUGAUUCAGAGCCACCACCGGAGUAAGGCGGAGUUGCUGUCGGAUGUUGUCGAGAAAGUGGGUGGGCUUCUUCAGGGCUAUGGUGUCGUGUUGGACGCGAUCACGUCAGCAGACAUAGAUCUCGACCAGCUUGUUUCCCGCAAUGCGUUGAUUUUUCCCGCUGGUCUGCAUCGCUGUCAUGCGAUUGCACUUUUGGCUUGCGCACUGUCUGCGCAAGAUCAGAGAUGGCGGAAGCUGCUGGAUCUGUCGCCCGGAACCCACGAGCUGGAUGUCGCUGAGAGGCUCUUCGAUCUGCAUACUGUUACUUUGCCAAAGCAAUGGUCGGAGCCGAUUGGCUUCGAAGAUCAAGAGGACAUGCUGCAGGUACUUCUUGAACUCCUCCGUGGGCGCAGAAGCAGCAAGAUUGUGGACGGGAAAGAGAUCCGUCGCAGAGGUGCUUUGGAUUCCGCCGACAAGACGCUGCUUCGAGGGAUGAUGCGUCGCUAUGGCUGGGAGCGGGCUGAGAACGCGGCGGCACCAUGUUACUGGGAUGAGGUGUAUCGGAAGCCAAGUUACGAGCACUUCAUGUGGUUUCUGUUGCAGAAGAUGGGGGUGCAUCAGAACGUGGUGGAGAUGUUUGACCAGUUGAAGGAGUGGCAGGACACGACUGGUUUGAAGGUGAUGCCCUCCGAGGCCGAUGACAAAGGUCUGUGUGAUAAAGCGGAAAACUAUCGGCAGAAGCAGGCGAAGAUGCGUUCCAAAGUCAUGGCGGAGAACUAUCCCGUUGAUUUCGAGCCUCUGCAUGCGCUGUCCUUGGAUUGCUUCGCAUCAUCUGGGAAUGGCAUGGUCAUGUGGCGGUCGGAAUUUGAAAGAGAGAUGUUGUUCAGUUUGCCUGGCUGGGUGGAGGAUGACCGGAAGAAGCAGACGUUUCACAAUCUGCAAGAAAUUCUUCGUUCGAAAGAUGAAGCGGCAUUGAAGCAUCUGGAGACGCUGCGAUCCAACGCAUUAACGCUGCAACAGAAGUUGGAGAAAGUCGCCGUGGAUCUACGAUGUGCGCCCACUAUGUCCAGUGUACAGGAGACGCUCGCGCAUCGGUUCUUGCAGGUUCCUGAUGAGUCGGCAGAGCCGUCGCUUGAAAAAUACGUAUGCCGACUGUGCGAUUUCCAUUGUCAGCUGAGUGCGCAGAUGGAGGAGCACAUCAGAGAUUGCCAUGCUGCUGAUGGCUCUGAUAGAGCCGUGGUCGAGUACCGGAAAAAGGUCAUCGGCUUGUUGCAACAUGCCGGACCCAAAGCACCUUGCUGGACCAUGCAGAGGAACCUGGUGAUGAACGCGGACUCGGCACUUCGUUGCCCUGGAGCUGGUGAUGGGCAGAGAGAGGAAGGCGCUUGUGUUGUCUGCGCCCGCAAGUUUUGGUCGCACGAAUUGUUUCCCGUCAUUCUCUAUCAGGAUCCUACCAAGCAGCCAGAGCAGCCCUCAGCAGAGGAGGCAGAGCGAGAGGUGAAGAGAGUUGCUGCCGAACAGCAGGAAAAGCUUUGCCACCUUUUGGGCAUGCGGCGGUAUCUGCAGCGCUGGCCGCACUUGCGAGAUCAGGCAAGAGCAGUGGAAGAGCUUCGUGCAUCGGCAGUGGAGCACCCUUUUUUGCCAGGUGAGUUCCUGUUGUUGCAUCGCCGUCGCAUGCCUGCCGACCCCAAGGCUCCAUGUGAUGUCUGUCGAGAAUGUCGCACAUCUUUGACGGGACAAUUUGUUUCGCUGCCCCGUUACAGCCUGGCGAACGACCUCUGGAUGGGACGGCAGCUGCCGGAGCUGCGCAAUUUGGCGGCUGGAACUAAACGGUUGUUGCCUAUGAUCAGACCAUGUCACCAGGUCACCGUUUUGCAACCUGCCAACUUGGUGAGGGAGGAGAGGCAGCGGGGCUUCAUCGGCAACAGCAUCUUCUUGCCGCAGGCCACCCCGGGAACGGUCUGCAGGACGCUGCCGCCGCGGGAGGUAGACAUGCAAGAGUCUAUACUCUUCGUGUUGGUGGGGCACGACAGAGCGGCGCUCAAGAGCAGUGCAUUAUUGCAAGCACCAAGAGAGGAGUACGAGAGAGCCGUGCGAUGCUUGCAGAGCACAUCCUUGUAUUACGCGAAGGUAGAGCUGGAGCAUGGCGAGGUCGAUGCCUUGCAGAGCUGCGUAUUGGAGACUGAGUCCGACAGCUAUCUGGCGCAGCAACUCUUGCAGCAGGGGCCUGCUGAUGCGCAGGGGCAGUCGGAGGAUCAGGAGAUGGCAGACGCCGACAGCGCCGGUGCCACCGCGACUUGCGCGACGCCCGGUGAUGCGGAGGAGCCUUCGUCUGAUCGUGUGAUUGUGCAGAACACAG